AUGAAGAGCAAUGACAACAAGUGCUGCAUGGAGAUGGACAGUGGAUAUGGCGGCGGCGGUGGAGGAGGAUACUCCAUGGGAGGUGGCGGAGGAGGUGGAGGAUACGGAGGAGGCGGAGGAGGCGGUGGUGGUGGCUAUUCCAUGGGCGGCGGUGGCGGAGGAGGAUACGGAGGUGGCGGCUCCGGCGGCGGCGGCUAUGGAGGAGGCAGCUCAGGAGGAGGAGGCGGAUACGGAGGAGGAAGCUCCGGCGGUGGAGGAUACGGCGGCGGCGGAAGUUCUGGUGGCGGCGGCGGCUACGGAGGAGGUAGCUCCGGAGGAGGCGGUGGAGGUUAUGGUGGUGGAGGCGGCGGCUCCGGAGGUGGCGGCUAUGGAGGUGGUGGCGGCGGUGGUGACUCCGGAUACGGAGGUGGCGGCGGUGGCGGCGGCUAUUAA